UCCACUUCCACUUAAAUGUGGCAUAAAGCAGUUUUUAAAGAAGUCCCCAAACUAUAGUGUGGAACUAUGGACACAGCUCAUGAGCUGGACUCUGGAGUCACUAUGGAAUAUGUGAACAUGCCUGUCUUCAGGACUGUGGUGGUGAAGAGAGAAUUUGGAGGAAAGCUAUUGAAGUGUGUUGUGGUGGGCUUUGGACUGCUGUGUAUUCUACAAGCCACUCUCAACAUCUCACUGCGUCUCUACUCUCAGACACCUAAGACAGACGAAAGAGAGAAAUUCAGGAAUUUAAUGGGUGAAUACAUACAACAGGGCUGGCUGUAUUUCAACAACACUUUCUACUUCAUGUCUUCUACUAUGAAAUCCUGGAAGGACAGUAGAGAUGACUGCCUGCAAAGAAAUGCGGACCUGGUGGUUAUCAACAGCAGAGAAGAACAGGAGUUUAUUUCAAGAUGGCUUGAUGCGCCCUGGAUUGGACUGAGAGGCACAGAGGGAAACUGGGAAUGGGUGGAUGGUACAAACAUUACUUUAAGUUUCAGUUACUGGGCAGUCGGUGAACCCAACCAUCUUAUUGCAGGUGAAGACUGCGUAGCCUGGCACAACAAUUGGAUUGAUGUGCCGUGUUAUGAUUUAAACCUCUGGAUCUGUGAGACGAAGACACUAGAGCUUUUGACUACGUUUGAUCCUUUGCCACUUGGCUGGCGGCGUUUCGGCAACAGUUUUUACCUUUUUUCUGAUACCAAGAAGAACUGGGAGGACAGUAGAAAGGACUGUAAGCAAAGAGGCGCCGACCUGGUGGUCAUCAACAGUGACAAAGAACAGGAGUUCACUUCAUCAAUAGGAAAACACUGGAUUGGACUGAGUGACAGGGAAAAAGAGGGGGAAUGGAAAUGGGUUGAUGGGUCAGGCUUAACUUUUCGGAACUGGGGAGCAGAUGAACCAAACGGGGUCGAUGGAGUGGAAGAGUGUGCAGAACUACGUUGGAGGACGCCGCCCAACUUGUGGAAUGAUGCCUUGUGUAGCACAACAAACUUCUGGAUCUGUGAGAAGGUCGCUGGUAUGGAGCCUCAGGAAGGGGACCUGUACCCAGAUGAUAAAAAUGAUGGCCAUUCUUGGGGAUCCUUGGUUCCUAUGACCGUCUUCCUAUCUGUCGUGGCCAUGCUCAUCAUCUGAAAGAUGAAGAGAGAGACCUGGCUCUUGGAACCGAUCCAUGACCGGUCUCUGGCUCCAUGGGCCCCAUCCCCUCAUUCUCUGGUUGGGUCCCCGUGCCUUGCUCCCCCGAGGUCCACAACGCUGGCUUUUACUCUCCAACCAUCCUUCACCCAGGCUUCGUCUGUUGACCUUGUUGUUUAUUGCGUUUGGUAUCUAGAAGUUGUUUUGAUUGUAACAUUUUGUUACUGUUAUUUUAAUGAUAUUAAACAAUCUUUUAAUGUUAAUGUCUCCAGACGCAUUCGCAGUGUUUUUUUCCUACUUCUUGGCAGGUAUCUGUGUACAACGUAUGUGUGCCUGAGGUAGUGAGAUGCUAUUAACGAUACAGUAGGGUAGAUGACAUUACAUACAGACUCUGUUUCUACCUCGUGCUCUCCCUCUCGCCUAAUACUUCACAAUCAAACAUUGAGUGUAAUAGAUAAAAAAACCGUGAAGCACUCAUUGAUAGGAGGGUAAACAGAUUAUUUGCAAAAGUCAUUAAAAUAUUGCUAACUA